AUGCGCUCUAGUAGUAUUCUCUGCGCCCGACAGGCCGCUGUGGCGGCCCUCCUCACGGCCCCCAUUCCAACACCAUUCCCCGCUCCCAUCUCCCAACGGCCUCCUCCACUCUCUCCAUCCGCCCCUCUCAUUCCAACGCCGAUGCGGGGAACAUUUAUUGAUCGCAAACCCGCAUGGGCGUUAUUUAAUAAAAAUCACGCCGUAAAGUCCUUCCGCCAUCGUGUGAUCACCAGCACAGAUGUCUCUCACCGCCCCCUGCAGUUUCACCUUAGCGAGGAAACAUCAUCUAAACAACAACAACAACAGAAAGAAGAAGCGCAGAAACCCACCGCAGAGGCUCCUGUUGGAUACGGUGAACAAUUGGAUGAAGUCACGGCACGUUGGGCGGCGAAAUUUUACGGUCAAGUGACAUUUGGUCCACGCAAUUAUCCAUAUCCAUCCUCACGAUGGUUAGCACGUCGGUUUAAAAUGAAAAAGCAUAAGAUUAUUAAGAGAUUUCGCUUUCGACGAUAUAAGUUGGCAGCGGUAGCGAAUCUGCCAUUUGCAAAGAUGAUUCGUGUUGGAAUGCUCCCGGAACUGAAGAGUAGUAAAACAAAGAAGGGUGAUGCGUUGGAUGCGGAAUUGACUGGACAACUCGUUACAGCCGUGCGAAGUGCUGGUGGGAAACAGAAGGGACAUCGUGGACGACCAAAGUCAAAGUACCAGGUGUAA